AUGAUCGCCGAGGAGGACAAGCCUAUCAUUAGUGGCUCCGCGCCGAGGCGCCGCAAGAGCAAGCCAAGGCAGAGGAUGGAAGCUGGAGUUCCAACUGAGAAUAUACUCUAUCUUGGAGGCCCAAACAUUGCCUCGGAAAUUUAUAAUAAAGAAUAUGCAAAUGCUCGAAUCUGUGGAUCCAAUAAGUGGAGGAAACCUCUCGCUAAGUUUUUAAGGCAACCACAUUUCAUUGUCUGGGAUAACAGUGACCUUGUCACUCAUGAGGUGAUGGGUGGCCUGAAGAACGUCUAUGCUAUUGGCGCUGGAAUGGUGGCAGCUUUAACAAACGAGAGUGCAACAAGCAAAUCAGUUUAUUUUGCUCACUGCACGUCCGAGAUGAUAUUCAUUACUCAUCUGCUGACAGAACAGCCAGAGAAACUUGCUGGCCCGCUUCUGGCUGAUACUUAUGUAACUCUCCUAAAAGGUCGCAACGCAUGGUAUGGGCAAAUGCUAGCAAAGGGAGAACUCAGGCUCGAUAUGGGUGACAGUAUCAAGGGAAAGGGGAUGAUUCAGGGUAUUUCUGCUGUUGGUGCAUUUUUUGAGCUGCUCAGCCAACCCAGCUUAAGUGUCCAACACCCAGAGGAAAACAAGCAAGUUGCUCCUGCUGAACUGUGCCCAAUUCUGAAGAGGCUUUAUAGAAUUCUAAUAAAAAGGGAGCUCCCAGUGAGAGACAUUCUCCAAGCCCUGAGAGAUGAGACCAUGAACGAUCCGCGCGAAAGGAUCGAGAUGGCGCAGAGCCACGCGUUCUACCGCCCGUCUCUGCUCGGAAAGCCCUGACCUUUAUAGCCACUGUACAUUAUUAGAGUGUAAACAACGGUUGGAUUAGCUCCAGCCUGUCAUGCUUCACAUCAUUUUCGAUUGAGCAAAGGCGUCUCCAGGUUUCUUCUGCCUUGCGUGCUUGGAUCCCAGGGUCCUUGAUUUGUGGUGUUGUUAGACUGUCAUGUUGUACAAGAGACUGUUGGGUCCUUAAAAUGUUACUUGGACAAUAAACAUGAGAUACC